GCUCUCUCCCUCCCUCCCUCCCUCUCUCUGUCGCUCUCCCUACCUCUCCGUGGUCGGGGACUAUCGCUUCUACUUCGUCUUUACUCGUCUUAAUCCAGUAAUGGCUUGAGUUUUGUUCAUCAAUCAUCCUUCCCUUUCUCGCCGUUCAUUAUCCACCUCCUACCUUAAUUCUUUCCCUUGCCCCGUCGCCUUCAUAUGGUCCGAAAGUGGUUGCCUCCCGACUCGACUUGUCCCAUUAUUUCAUAAACUAUCCCGCUUCCAUUCACUAUGCCCAAAAGUAAUCGGCCAGCGACCUCGGGUUACGCCCGCUUGGCUCAAGAGGAGGAGGAUAGAGCCAAUGACCUGUACGAUUAUUCCGACGAUGACGACCUACACGCCCCCAACACGAUUUCCCAGUCCGCCCCCCGAUAUGCUCCCAUCUCCUCCCGAGCCCAGAUGCAGGCCGCCGGCCUGUCCACGCCUCCCGAACACCGUCGACGACUGAGUGGCCACUAUCGCCGAGGACGGAGGAAUUCCGGGGUCGACAUCAAGGCCAUCAAUGCCCGUCUCGAACGGUGGGCGGAGGAGAUCGCCUCGAAGUUUAAGAUCAACCGUGUUAAGGGCAAGACCUUCGAAGAGGAGAAGCUGGAGAUCUAUCACUCUGUUUUCCAGGCUCCCGACGGCGUUCGGCCCAUCUCUGCGGAAGCCCUCGAGUCAGAUGAGAUCGAGGGGGCUGCGCGCAGAGCCCGGGACGAGUUCGAAGAAGUCGUGGAGAGUGUCCGGAUAGCCAUUGAGAUGGGUGUCCAUCCGAGGAUGAUCUCUCAAGGAAGCUCUGGUAGUUACUUUGCGCGCAAUGCCGAGGGUAAAGUUGUGGGAGUAUUCAAGCCCAAGGAUGAGGAACCAUAUGCAUCCCGCAACCCGAAGUGGACCAAAUGGAUCCACCGAAACUUGUUCCCCUGCUUCUUUGGCCGGGCAUGCCUGAUUCCUAACCUGUCGUAUGUCUCGGAAGCUGCGGCGUACGUUCUCGACUCGCGUCUUCACACGAACCUCGUCCCCUACACCGACAUUGUUUGGCUGUCUUCGAAAUCCUUCUUCUACGAUUUCUGGGACCGCAGGAAGGCUUGGAUGGGCAAGAGGCCGCUUCCUCCAAAAGCAGGCAGUUUCCAGGUCUUUCUGAAGGGCUACAAGGAUGCGAACCUCUUCCUGCGAGACCACCCUUGGCCAGAUCAGACUAAUACUGGUUUCCGAGCGGAGGAUGCCCCGAAGCGCAAGAAGCGGCCGUGGAGUGAAGCUUGCCGUCCCUCCGGCGUCCAUUCCGAUGACGAGGACGAAGAAGAAUAUGAAGACGGUCAGGCGCGCACGCCAUCCCCCCGCGAGGAAAGCCGAGAACGGCGGUUCUACUGGACGGAAGGGUUGAAGCAGUCGUUCCGGGAAGAAUUGGAGAAACUUGUGAUUCUCGACUAUAUCAUGCGGAACACAGAUCGUGGAUUGGAUAAUUGGAUGAUCAAGAUCGAUUGGAAGACUGAAGAGGUUUCCAUUGUCGCUGACCCGCCCAAGCCCAAUGGAGUUCAAACACAAGAGGAUGAUGAAGACAUGCCGCCUGCUCGUCCCGUUUCUGUCAACUCCAACGGAACGAGUGCAGCUCAGCAUCCUUAUCGGCGACGUGAAGCAAUGGUAGCCGUUAGCCGUACUGGGACCCCAUUGAACGCAACCGACCCCCAGGUGACCGUUCAGAUCGGAGCCAUUGACAACAGCUUGUCGUGGCCGUGGAAGCAUCCCGAUGCCUGGCGAAGCUUCCCGUUCGGCUGGCUGUUCCUGCCGGUUUCUUUAAUCGGUCAGCCGUUCUCGCAGAAAACUCGCGACCAUUUUCUGCCCCUUCUUACCUCGACGGCCUGGUGGAGCGGGACUCAAAUGGCCCUCCGGCGGGUAUUUUCGCAGGAUUCCGAUUUCAAAGAGAGCAUGUUUGCUCGACAGAUUGCGGUCAUGAAGGGACAAGCCUGGAACGUAGUGGAAACGCUGAAGCACCCCGAUCAUGGUCCGCUGGAGUUGACACGACGGACGCGUGUGUGCGUCUGGGAUGACUUGGUGGAUGUUCCAGUCGCGAUCCCCCUUCGCGGGCCGUCCACUGAUGCGCAGAAACGGAAGGUGAAGAGCUAUGAACAUUACGAUAAACACGCCAGCUACGAUCCCGACAACGAGGAGAUGGACAUUGGCGCCGCCAUGUCCUUUGGUACUGGCCCUGACGUUGACCUGCUGGGGUUGAGUUCUCCUCCAAAUGAGCUACCUAAUCCGAACCGAUUCGAGCUCUCCCGCGGGCGCGGGUCCAGCUCGGGACAUGCCCGGGCCCAGUCUGGCAGCCCUGCUACGAUGGGCGACUACCGAUUUGGGCGCGACAGCAUUGACGAGCUGAGCCAGGGACAAGGCCUGGACCGAAGCUGGGCGACACUCCCUCCCCGCCCGGGCCACCGGCACCAGAAGCACAGUUCGGUGUCCAAUGCGCGCGGGCAGGCGCAUUUGAUCUGGAGCAGCGACGACCUGGAAGGCGACCUGGGAUAUGCUGCCGCAGAGGGAAUGGAAGGCAACCAGCGCAAGGUGAUUGUCGAGCGACUAGAAGCAGUUAAGAGCAAGAACCCGGUGUUUACCUGGUGUUAACCCGGUUGUUUGCUUGCGAUCAGUCAGGAUCUGCUCUCUAUCGGCGCAGAUCUCAUCUCAUCUUUCCAUUCUUCUUCACAUUCUUCUUCUCUUCUUUUAUUUAGCGUGUAUCAUGAUAACCUGGCAUGAGGAGUUCUUUUGCAGGGUCUGGUCCUUGUUGGAAAAAUCUUGAUGGUUUAGUCAUAGAAAUGGAAGUUGAUCUUCGCGAGGGAUUUUUGGGCGGUUGCCUCCUUGUCUGUCUACCUUAUACAUAAUACACCAGUAUAUAGUUUUUGGAAGUACAUUUAGAAUUCUAAUACGAAGUCAGCGAUGAUGUAAGAG